AUGUCCGGACCCACCAAUCAUUUUGGAUGGUUAGAAGAUGCAAUAAAAGAUGGUCACAUCAACUCUUUCGAUUAUAGUCAAUUUUAUAUUGUGAAAGAAGUUGGAAGGGGAGGUUUUGGUGUCGUAGAGUGCGCAGAGUCAGAAUUAUUAGAAAGAAAGGUUGCAUUAAAAAGUCUAAGAACUGACAAUGUAUCGCAACUAGAUGAAAUAUCUUUUAAGGAAUUUCUACGUGAGAUAGAGUUGCUUAAAAUUUUAAAUCAUCCAAACCUUAAUAAGUUCUAUGGUGUAACAAGAGGUUUGUAA